UACAAAAUGAAACUGAAAGUGCUGACUUAGACAAAGAAGCUUCUAGCGUCAUCUUACGAUACUCUGUCUAUCAGGGGAAAUGCUUUGGUGUGCGACUCUUAUUCUUGUCAGCUUUAUCAAAUCUCGAUCAGAGAGUUUACAGGUGGUUGGUCCAGAAGCUCCUCUUGUUUCUGUAGCUGGUGAAGAUCUGGUUCUGCCCUGUUUUAUCAAACCCAACACCAGUGCAGUGGGCAUGACAAUUGAGUGGUUCAAACGCCAUGUAGAAGACUCAUUAGUGCAUCUCUAUAGGGAUCAUGAAGACAGAAAUGAAGAUCAGGCUCAGUCCUAUAGAGGAAGAACAUCACUGUUUAAAGAGGAGCUACAGAAAGGCAAUGCUUCGCUCAAACUGUCAGAUCUCAGAGUCUCUGAUGAUGGAGAAUAUAAGUGUCUUGUUGAGGACAAAUCCUGGUAUGAUGAUAUCACUGUGAAGGUCAUUGUAGAGGUUCUAGGAAGCCACCCAGUGAUAAUGAUGGAGAGUUUUGAUAACUUAGGAGGGAUUAAUCUAGUGUGUGAGUCCAGAGGCUGGAAACCUGAACCUGAUGUUCUGUGGCUGGACAGAGAAGGAGUCACUCUGACUGCUGAAGAUACACAGAUACACAGAGACACCGAGCUCUUCAGUGUGAAAAGCCACAUCACUGUUUAUGAUUAUAGCGACUCUAACAGGUUUUACUGCAGACUUCAGCAAAAACAUCACGUGAUGGAGACAGACAUUAUCAUCAAUAGUAAAGUCUUUGAUGCUUGGAAGUGGAUUGUUGGGAUUUCAGUUUCAGCAUGUCUUAUUGCUGUUGGAUUGAUCGUAACUGCAGUUGUUUGUCACAAGAAAGAGUGGCAGAGACAGAUGAUGGAAGCUGAGAUGAAGAAGGAGAAGGAGAACGCAGAACUGCAGAGACUGAGUGUGGAAUACGAGUUAUUAAAGAAGAAGAAGUAUGCAGUGGAUGUGACUCUGGAUCCUGAUACAGCUCAUCCAUCUCUCAUCCUGUCUGCUGAUGGAAAACAAGUGACAUGUGGAGACAUAUGGCAGGAUCUCCCUGAUACACCACAAAGGUUUUAUUCAUAUGCUAAUGUUCUGGGAAAGCAGAGUUUCUACUCAGGGAGAUUUUAUUAUGAGGUGCAGGUCAGAGGGAAAACUGACUGGGAUGUUGGAGUCGUGAGAGAGAACAUUAACAGGAAGCGGCAGAUUAAUGAGUCUCCUCAGAAUGGAUUCUGGACUGUGGGGAUGUGGAAUAAGAAUCAGUAUAAGGCUCUUGCUGAUCCCCCUGUCCCCCUCACACUGAGAGAGAAGGUGGAGGUUGUGGGGGUGUUUGUGGAUUAUGAGGAGGGUCUGGUCUCCUUUUAUGAUGUGAAGACCAGAUCUCAUAUCUACUCUUUUACUGGUCAGUCUUUCACUGAGAAACUCCAUCCAUACUUCAGUCCUUAUUUAAAUUAUGGAGGUGAAAAUUCAGCACCACUGAUCAUCUCUCCGGUAUUUAAGACUGAAUGAAUUUUCACCUCACAAAUUUAAUCAUCUAUUAAAUGAGAAUAAAAAGAAACAUUUUACUUUUUUAAAAUACUAGACAAUAUAUAAUACUUCACGACGUAAACUAGCGUGAGCAGGAUUUAAACGUCCACAAGCACCAGAAGUGACACUGUGACACGAUAGAGCUCUUGCUCUCUCUGGUGGUAAGGAAGUGCAAGUGGAACUGUUACAAUUAAUAAUAAUUAUAAUUAUAAUAAUAAUAGUAAACAACAUAGAUCAUAGUGAUUUUUGUAUCAGGCCACACAAUUUUUAGAUGAACAAAAAUACUAAAAAUAUUGAAAUGUAAUGUGACGUGUUUCUUAUUACCCAGAUGUGUCCUGUUAGAUUGAUCAUUUAAACAAUAGUUCUGAACAUAUACACUUGGUUUUAGUCUCCAGUUUUACUUGUGAAGACUGAAUGUGUUGUUACAAAGGAAAACAUUUUAUAUUUCUCAUCUUUGACAGACUCUAUUAUAUUAUAAUUGUGGAUUGUUUGUGUUCUCUGUGUGAAUGAAAUGAUUUAAUAAAAUUUGAUGAGGCAGUGGUUCAUUCUGUAUAUCUCUCUGUUAAAAUACUCAAAUGAAUAAAAUUACUUUUAAUGUCA